CCGGAAGCCAAACAAAAGCGAAUCCGGAUUUGAACGCUCGACGUGUCAUUCAGUGAUUCAUAAUUUUGCCGCAGACUUUACAGACUUUUUGGGAGGCUUUUCUACGGUCAAAGAUGAAGGCUCUGAUCCUGGUCGGCGGAUAUGGGACCCGGUUGCGGCCUCUCACUUUGAGCGUCCCUAAACCUCUGGUGGACUUCUGUAACAAACCCAUCCUCAUGCACCAAGUCGAGGCUCUGGUCAAGGCCGGAGUGGACCAUGUUAUUCUGGCGGUUAGCUACAUGUCCGAACUGCUGGAGCGAGAAAUGAGGAUCCAAGAGGAGAGGCUUGGAAUCAAGAUCUCCCUGUCUCAUGAGAAGGAGCCUCUAGGAACAGCGGGUCCAUUGGCUCUGGCCCGGGAUUUGUUAAACGUGGACAGUGAACCGUUUUUUGUGCUGAACUCGGAUGUGAUCUGUGACUUUCCCUUCACUGACCUGCUGCAGUUUCACAAGAACCAUGGGCGAGAGGGCACCAUUGUGGUGACCCGUGUGGAGGAGCCGUCCAAAUAUGGCGUGGUGGUUUACGACGGCGACAGCGGCAGCAUUCAUAGAUUCGUGGAGAAGCCGCAGGUUUUUGUGUCUAACAAAAUCAACGCUGGAAUGUACAUCUUCAACCCCAGCAUGCUCCGGCGCAUACAGCUCAGACCGACAUCGAUAGAGAAGGAGAUCUUCCCAGUGAUGGCAGAGGAGGGUCACCUGUUUGCCAUGGAACUGCAAGGGUUCUGGAUGGACAUCGGACAGCCCAAAGACUUCCUGACGGGGAUGUGCAUGUACCUGCAGUCCCUACGACAACACUCACCCGAGCGCCUGCACACGGGACCCGGUUUCCACGGCAACGUCCUGGUGGACCCAUCUGCUGUGAUCGGACAGAACUGCAGUAUUGGUCCAAACGUGUCCAUCGGGGCGGGGGUGGUGGUGGAGGACGGCGUGCGAAUCAAACGCUGCACGGUGCUGAAAGGCGCCAGGGUCCGAUCUCACUCCUGGUUGGAGAGCUGCAUCGUGGGCUGGAGCUGCUCCGUCGGACAGUGGGUGCGAAUGGAGAAUGUGACAGUUUUGGGAGAAGAUGUCAUAGUGAACGAUGAGCUUUAUUAAACGGCGCCAACGUCCUCCCUCACAAAUCCAUCAGCGAGUCCGUCCCAGAGCCACGCAUCAUCAUGUAGCGCCCGAACUUUGAACUGCUGACCUUUGAACUCCGCCUAAACCGAACCAGUUCCACGGCAACCUGGGGGCGGGGCAGAGAUCAGGAAGAAACUGCCCCCUCUGCCGCCAUAUUGUGUCUUAUUUUUAUGAGACGGACGGUUUGGUCUGAAAGAGUUGAAGAAAGCCUGGACGCUGGCUCUGGCUCAUAAUGAAGAAGAGGGAUAUGGGUUAUGCUAUGUCCACACUAAUAUAAGUUUAACAGACAAUUUUCACUUCAUAUGAGGAUACUGAAUGUUUCUAACUUUAAUUUUUGUUUUGUUUGUUUUUGUCUGCUAGCAAAUUAACUAAAAAGCCCUGUAACUGAUGAUGAAACAUGGUAGAAGAACAUGGUUUAAAGUGCAUCUGGCAGGUUUUUGUGGUUUUCUAAUUAUUACUUGGUUUGGUGGGGUAGUAUCUGUGGUAAAUAUUUACAUGAAUUUUCAGUUAGGUGGCAGUUUGGAGAGUAAAAGUUGAGAAAAACACAAAGCAGUGUUGAGUUCUAAAACAGAAUCCCAUUACCUAUGUCAUUUACAUAAAAAAAAUUCCAUCCAAAAUUCCAUGCAGGGACAAUUUAUGAACAAUUCAUGAACAAGGAUGGCAUUUUUUUGGAAGUUUAAAGGUGUAACUUUUUGGUUAAGGGUCUGUCACCGGCCUGUUUCUAUGGAUAUGUCAUUGCUCUGCAAUGAAUGUUCCACAGUAUGACAUUAAUCAGCUCUACUUGACAUUUAUUCAAUCACAGGUAGUUUGAUUAUAGCUCAAAAAUACCAAGAAAAAUGGGUAUUCUGACUGUGAGCGGGGUUGUCUCUCCACAGAUCUGACCUGUAACUUGGUCUGGUUAGAUCUCAAUUGAGGGUAGAAAGGUUUAAUGCCAUACUAUGAAACAUUACAGAUAAAGCAGUAGCAUCUCCAUGGAGACAAGCAUUUGAAGGACCCAGAAAAGUUAGACAAUGCACCUUUGUUCAACAAAAUACAUGUGCUGUCAUUAAUUUUUACUAGUCCAAUCAUAGUUAUUGUGCAAUUUUGACAUGUUGCAGCCCUUGUUUACAUCAUGGUUGCUAGGUAACAGUUAUGGAAUUACCUCUAAGUAUGUCGUAUCUGCUGCCCGUGUCCAGCCAGGAAGUAAAAUUAUAAACAACAAGGUUUUUAGUGAAAUCUUAAAUAUAAGGAUGUUACUUUUUUUUAAUUUUUUUAUUUAGUCUAACCUGUCACAUGCACUUUAGUUUGAACUGUCAGCUCUACCUACCAACUCCCUUUUCUUCUUCAUGAACCCCAAUGGAAGGAUUUAAGACUUAGAGAGAUUUAGACAAACUUUAUAGAUCCACAAGGGAAAUUAUUUGGACAAAGUAGCUCACACAUCACAAUAAAUACAAUAACAAAGUGCAAAAAAUAUAAAUCUUUGGACAUCUUUCAAAGGUUGCUACUGACAGUUUUUUUCCAUAUGGUUCUCGUCUAACUUUUAAAAUGCAUUUUCUACUUUAUUCAGUCUCAGUUUGUUCAUAAAUAGCUCAUUAUAUUAUGCAGUAGAAGGAACUUGAAGAUUAAAAAAACAGGUGCAGGGUAUUUAAAUGGAAAGUCAAUCCAGUACUGAUAAAAAUCCCCUUUUUAUUUUGAAUCUUUUUGUGUUGAACUUUUCUAUAAUGUUUAAAUACCUGCAGUAGUGUGUUGUUUCAUACACAUGUUUGACUAUGUUGCGAGUUAGUGUACAAUUGAUUAUGUUUUGGAGAUUAACCUGAAUCACUGUUAGAAAUAUGUACUGUUCUAAAAUGCCCAGCACUGACCACAAGAGGUCACUAGAAACAAAUAUUUUAUGAAGCAGAGCCUUGGUGUAUGGCCACUGUGCACGACUGAACACCGUUCUUGGGUACUGUGUCUUGCUUUUUGCAAUUUCGUCACAUAAAUAUGCAUCUUUGGACUACUUUAUUAGUAUGGACAUAGUAGCAAAACUGUUUACAGAAAUGAACGUCAUUUUAUCGUUAAAGAUGCACUGUGUAACUUCUUGUGGGUAGUCUGACACCAGCUUGUUUCCAAGGAGAUGUUAUUUCUUCUUCCUGCAACUUUUCAGCAUAGCUUUAACUGCUUAUGUUGUUACAGAUGUUUUUAUUGCUAAGAAAUAUCCUGCAAAACAUCCAUUCUUACUAUGAUUGGGCUUGCCUCUCCACAGAUCUGACUUGUAAGUUAAGCAAUAAAUGUCGUCAGGUUAUCUUCAAAGUGAUAAACAAGUUUAAUGCCGCACUGUAACAUCACCAUAAAGAUAAGCACGUGGCUGACCCAUCAGGAAAGAGGAAAAGUUACAUAGUGUUUCUUUAACUAAGAAUGGAAUAGGCUGUGUUCUUGACAUUCUUGAAUUUUCAUCAAUUAUUUUGGGAAGAAAAUUACCUCUACCACAAAAAUAAAUUUUUAUUUCCUGUA